AUGUCCACAUUCAUGCUGGCCUUCAAAGUCAUUUGUGAUUAUACUUACUUGAGCAAGUUGUGGAAUAUGAUUGCACAGGGCGGUAUCCACCCAAAAAAGACCAAGCAGAAGAAAUUAACCGAUGAAGAGGUGCUGGUCUUGAAAUCCCACCUAGAAGAAUGGAAGGAAGCAGCUGCCAACGAUAGAAAAAAGAUUCUGAAGGCCGUCAUAAAAGAGGCCAAGGUGCAUGCCCCUGCUAUGGAUGACCGGUCAUUGAAGAACAGGAAAUAUACGUACCGGGACUGGUUAUAUAACCGGAGACCUGAAAAGACUCGAGAAAAGAAAGCCAACAAGUUCGGUCAGAAAUGGACUUCCCGGUCGGUCAUAGAACAACUGCGCAAGGAGGAGAUCAUUGAAAAGACCGGAGCAAUGCCAGGAUCGAAGAAAUUUAUUGAAAGAUAUCAGACAACACUCACUGCAGUGGUGGCCAGUCUAUCUAAAGAGGAGCUGGAGGAGGCUCAGAACACUGCGAUUGAGUGGUCUGCCAAGGCUCCUCCUGCAGCUGUUCAGGCGGACUUUGCAAAGAAGAAGCACCCGAAUUUCAUAUUGUCAGCAUGGAAAACAGAGGAAGACGAAGUCCGGAUCAAUGGAAUUGACUUCAAUGAAAAGUUGGAGGGGAAUAGUUAUACCGAUACGAAGGACUGGAAGUCCAUGUUAUCGGAGUGGAAUGCCUAUGCUGGUGAAGAGUUUGACGUUGACCUGAAUAAUGAUGACAAUGAUAACAAAGAGGAGGUGAAGAAGAGCAGGAAGAAAGGUGGAAAGAAGGACGAUUAUCCUUUGGAGGUGGAUAGCUAUGGGCUGCCGGUCAUACCGGACGUCACAGAGCUUAACCUAGAGAGCAAAAAGCGUCUUAUAAGGACUUUCCUCACAAAGCACUACAGAUUGUGCAGCCAACAACCAAAGGCGUCUGUUUCUUGGGCCUCAGUCAGGAUGGCUCAGGGUGACUUUAUUGCAGCCAAGUUUUUACCUACCGGCUGGAGGCUCGACGAUCCAUCAAAGAUUCGGCUGGCUGAUGCUGACCGGCUGUUAGAGUUGUGGUGUCAAAGACAGAAGGACCAGGUUCGCCCAACCUUUGAAUUUAAAGGCUGGGAAGGCGAUGAUAAGACAAUGAGAGAACCGGCAGAGAUAAUCUCUGGCAAUGGUUCUGAUGCGAGACCCAGGGUUCCAGUGAAAAAGUCCACCGGAAGGCGCACCAGGGGGGUGGAACCGGUGUCUAGUAGUGAGGAUAAGGACAAGGAUGAUGAAGAUGAGGAGAAGGACGACGAUCACUAUCACGAUGACAACCUCCAAUCACCACCACCAAAGUCAAAAUCUAUCAACAAUCGCCCACCGGUCAAGAAAUCCAUACCUGUCCCACCACCACCUUCAAAGGCAAAACGGGCCAAUACGGUCCGCAGCACUAGUCCGGCGUCAGAGGAGGAAGAUACUCGCCUACCAGUCAAGAAAUCCAUACUGGUCCAACCACCACCUUCAAAGGCAAAACGGACCAAUACCGUCCGCAGGGCUAGUACAGCUUCAGAGGAGGAAGAUACUCGCCCACCGGUCAAGAAAUCCAUACUGGUCCCACCACCACCUUCAAAGUCAAAACGGACCAAUACCGUCCGCAGGGCUAGUACAGCUUCAGAGGAGGAAGAUACUCGCCAACCGGUCAAGAAAUCCAUACCGGUCCCACCACCACCUUCAAAGGCCAAGCGGACCAAUACCGUUCGCAGGGCUAGUACAGCUUCAGAGGAAGAUACUCGCCCACCGGUCAAGAAAUCCAUACCUGUCCCACAACCAACUUCAAAGGCCAAGCGGACCAAUACCGUCUGCAGCACUCGUCCGGCUUCAGAGGAGGAAGAUACUCGCCCACCGGUCAAGAGAUCCAUACCGGUCCUACCACCACCUAAAUUAAAAUCAUCCCAAAAGAGGGGUAGGGUUGCUCCCAUUCAAUCUGAUUUGGAGUCGGAUGGUCCGCCACCAGUCAAGAAAUCAAAGCUGACUGCAAGUGGAAGGGGACAGGCAGAAGACAACACCAGCACCGGUUCUGCACAAUCAACCGGUAAUGAUGACAAUGAUCCUCUGCCUUCGCAACAUCUUUCUAGAAGUCGUGCAUUUGGCCCUACAUCAGGUGUCUAUGCCAAGAAUAAAACUAACAAAGCACCGGUGCACAAACCAACACCCCCUGCCCCAAGAAGGGACUCCGGCAAGAAAGCCAAAGCAUCUGAAGCACAGACAACCAAUCCAGAGCCAAAGCGCUCUCAUAGAAGUACAAAGGCCUCUUAUAAAGCUCAGUAUAUGCAAUCGUAG